AUGCGAGCUGUUGUAUUGCUGUGUCUGUUGGAAGCUGUGUUCGCCCAGGCCAAUGAUUAUACCUGGGGAGGACCUGGCGAAGACAAAAAUGGCAAAGACAGAGCUGUCGAUCCCAACACAGACAAUGUGUGUGUGACGGACCAGGCGUCGUGUGGUUGCUGUCUGAUGCAGCAGACGAUACACAGGAUGAAGAUGUUCUUUAACACGAGCCUCAAUGAGCUGGAGAAAGAACUGAUGAAAGCAAAAACCGUCCUCAAUAAUAUCAGAGCCAGCCGCAGUGCCUUCUCUGUUGCUAUAACCAAUAGAAAAGACUUAACCUGCUAUGGCCCCUUCCGUGACGAUAGGCUCAUUGUCUACAAACAUGUCUUCAUCAACCUGGGAGGUGGCUACAGUGAGGACUCCGGUAUCUUCACUGUUCCUCGCUCUGGUGUCUACAGCCUUGCCCUCACCGUCUACAGCGACGCUGGUUCUCCUGGUAACACCCUGGCUGCCUGCGCCGGUCUGCAGGUGAACAGCCUGAUGGUGGCAGGCCCCAGAGAAAAGAAUAUGCAAGAUCAAGAGGACAGCGCCACUAUUGUUGUGGCACUCCACCUGAAUGCUGGGGACCAGGUGGCUGUCAAUCUUCCCAUUGGAUGUUUCCUCUGUGAUGACGACAGCCACUAUAACACAUUCACUGGCUUCCUGCUUUAUGCCACUGACUAA